UAUACAGUACAGACUACACACAGAAUGCGGUCAGGGCCGAAGCCUGACAUCUGCACACGCAGCGGGGGAGAUAAACACAGCAAACACAAAGAGUCCUCUUGAAUGCUUCCGUACACCACUGGCUUCACCCCCACGCUUGUUUUCAGGAAGACGAAUUCCACCUUCCCCUUAGGUGACAGAACCCCAGAGGAUUCUGGGAAUGCAGAUGGAUUGGAGGAUUCUGGUUUUGAGUCCAAGGAGUGACACUGUGACACAGGACAUGGAGGCGAUAUCGCUGCAGCCCGGCCAUGGUGUUCCUUCCAUCCAGGAGCGGAAGAACGUUCUGCAGCUCAGACUCCAGCAGAGACGCACACGGGAGCAGCUUGUGGACCAGGGCAUUAUGCCUCCACUGAAGACUCCUGCUGCUUUUCAUGGACAGAUACGAAGCCUUGAGAGAGCCAGGACUGAGAACUUCCUGAAGCACAAGAUUAGUAGCAGACCUGAGCGUUCAGAGCUGGUCCGCAUGCACAUCCUUCAAGAGACCCAGGCCGAGCCCUCACUGCAGGCCACACAGAUGAAGCUCAAGCGAGCUCGUCUGGCUGAUGACCUUAAUGAGAAGAUUGCGCUAAGGCCUGGUCCAAUGGAGCUGGUCGAGAAGAACAUCCUGCCUGUAGAAUCCAGUAUGAAGGAGACCAGCAGUGAAAGUGAAACAAGUGUCCAGAAGCCUGCGGAUGUGUAUAACUUUAUCAAGGAAGCUCGGUCUCCAGACGGUCCGGGCAGUCAGGAGAAUCAGUGCUCGGUCCCAUCACCCAGAGAGGCCCGGCUGCCGGAGAUCUCCUCCGCGACUCUGACCGCAGGCUCCAACCUACAGAGCUCAGAGUUACUCAGUCAAGCAUCAGCAGAGGAUCAGACAAACACUCAGCACAUACCUCCUGCUCAGCCGGUCUCCAUCACCACCUCCGCACCCCCCAUCAAAUCAGGUCUUACUCUUGUGAAGCAAACUCAACCCAAGCUUCCCGGUGAAAAAAGCCGCAGCAAAAAGAGCAAAGACCCCAAGCCAAGGGUAAAGAAGCUCAAAUACCACCUGUAUGUUCCGCCAGACCAAAAGCAGGAGCCCAGCGAGGCCCCCAUGGACUCGACCUACGCCCGGUUGCUUCAGCAGCAGCAGCAGUUUCUCCACCUGCAGAUCCUCAGCCAGCAGCAACAGCACUACAGCUACCAGGCCAUUCUACCUGCACCUGCACCUGCACCUUUCAGGCCUUUGCCUAAGGUUCAGAGCAGCUGUUCUAACAUGGCCGUGGGAAACAACCAAGCUUCACCUGUAGCGUCCCUGCCCAGUGCUACCCCUGGACUCGGCACCAACAGCGUGAACAGCCACAAGCCUGGUCCUCUGCCCGCUAACUUAGACGAAAUGAAGGUGGCCGAACUUAAAAUUGAGUUGAAGCGACGGGGUCUUCCUGUAUCUGGCACUAAAACAGACCUCAUAGAGAGGCUUAAGCCCUACCAGGAGAGCCACCAGGUCGCUAGAACUCAGCCGAGUGAGACCAAUGGCGUCAUUCCUCCGCUGAUCAAUCACAAGACAGAAAGCAUGAGCAUGACUCCCCCAGUGUCUCCUGUGCACUCAGAGCUUUCCACUGGAAGUAUGGAGGAGACCAGCGACAACAAAGAGCUAGCCGCUACAUCUCCAUCCAUCAUGAAGACAGAGGAUACAUCAAUGGAUUCCACAGGAACUAAUAGAGACCAGAGCCUGUAUGAGAAGGAGCGGCAGAUAGAGGAACUGAUUCGGAAGCUGGAGCAGGAGCAGCGUCUGGUGGAGGAGCUCAAGAUGCAGCUGGAGGUGGAAAAGAGGAACCAACAGGGAGCAACGCAUCCGCAGCAGCAAAGUGAGCUCGAAACUUGUAAGAGGAUAAAAGAGGAGCGUGAUGUCUUCUCCAGCUGUACCUCCAGUCUGGAAGAGGAAGAACCCCAAUCCCAGGCGCAGACACACCAGUUCUACAUUACUGCACAAGGAGCGCCGGCCUCCCAGAACAUCCUCAGCACUCAGACGGAGCAACAUGUCCUUUCUACAACCGUCCAUCUCCCACAGACGGGACCGGUUCUCCAAACCCCAGAGAGUGCGUCAUUUCAGCAGCACACAAAUUCGCCCCAGUCUGCACCUCAAAUGACGUCCGUGUGCAGCGUCUCAGGCUCGAACUCGGGGCCGAAUCAGGAGCAACACAGAUCUGAAGCCGCGCAGUCGCGUUCACCUGGACGCAGUCCUCCAAACGCGUUCACCGCCAAACCGAGCUCCCCCCGCCCCCCCACCCUCAUCCUCCCGCCAUCUCCAUUCAGCAAUCAUCAGAGCCCCAAGAACAAAGACCCGCCGCGCUACGAGGAGGCCGUCAAACAGACUCGAGCACUUCAGGCUACCUUGCAGAUUCCCACUGCAGUCAGUCAGCACAUGGACGACUUGUUUGAUGUCCUGAUUGAGAGCGGAGAGAUCUCCCCACUGCUCAGAGAAGAUCCCCUGUCUCCUGAUAAACUCCUGCCCGUGACAGCCAGCGUCACCACUCUCCCCAUCAACACAGCGCUGUCUCGUCCUCCUCCUCAGGUCCACGUCGCCCACAUGCCCAGUCUGGUGGCACUGGCAUCGGACCACCAGCUGGAGGCUCUCCUGGACGGAACGCUGCCAGCGAACACGGAGCCCCACACUCUGCGGCUUAUCGAAGAACUCCACAGCCAGUUCUUGGAGCCACCCCGUUCCCCCAUGGACACCGGUGAGAUGAGGUUCUCCGUUUCAUCGCCCCCGUCCCUCCACCUGCACGACACCAACCUGGACAACAUGGACUGGUUGGAACUGACCGUGCCAGGCUCGGGGGGCGUCUCUGCACCACCUGCCAUCUUCUCCUCAGACUUCCUAGACUCUCCGGAUGUGCAGUGGGACUGAGAGUGCGUAGACCACACGCUUUGUAGAGCUUCAGCGGUGGAAUAGUGGAGCGGACACGGAGGACGGGGAUCUCUCCUGGUCCUGUUGAAAUCGUGCGCGGCCUUCCCGGAUCUCUGCAUCGAAGACGCGCUUUAACAGUUGCAGUGUUUUAUGUCGGACUGGUUUACGUUGGUGCACUAAAGACUGUCCUCGAAGACAGAAAUCGUUUUUGUAAAGUAUACUUUUUUUAACCUUUCUGUUUUUAUUUUAUGCAACGUUGCCAGCGUGGUUUGGUCUAACACACACGCAGCAGCUCUAAAUAUCUGAAUUUUGUGAGACAUACAGUACAGCGUUCCAAAGACUCGGACCAGAGAGUGAGUUUGUUAGUUAAAGUGAGGACGAGGUUCGUCUACAGAGAAACUCAUCUAGGUGGACACAAGCAGUGUGUGUGUGUGCUGGGUGUCUCCACGUCAGUCAUUCAGUUUUCCUCCCGCGGUCUAGAGACAUGCAGUGUAGCGAGGUGCAUUAACAUUUACAGCACCUGGCACACGCCCUUAACCAGAGCGACUUGUUAUCCGUUUUUACGUCUGAGCGGUUUGAAGGUUAAGGGCCUUGCUCAAGGGCCCAACAGUGGCAACUUGGUGGUGCUGGGGUUUGAACCUGAGACCUUGUGAUCAGCGGUACAACACCUUCACCACUUCACUAGUCUAUUACUUUAGCUUAUAGUGUAUGAAUAGUGUGUGUGUGUGUGUGUGGAGGUUGGCAUUAUCAUCACUGUCAGCACACACAGACACACACACACUACAGUGUUGGGGUGUACAGGGUGGAUUUAAUUCAAAACCAGGACUCGUGUGUCAGCUUUAGUGGUCACGUCAUGUUACUCACCAGUGCCUUGAAAAACAGAAAAAACAGACCUGGUGCUUCAGUUUAAUGUUUAUUUUAUUGCAAUUUAAUCCAUAAAACACAAACAUGAAAUGAACAUGUGAGCAAUAAUUUAAUGUCUGUAAGCAAUUUAUAAAAAUGUCAAACUCAUGUUACAAAGUAACAUUUUCCUUUUGCUCAUUUGAAUCACAAUCUGUAAAACAGGAACGCUCCACAACAUCUCCCAGCAACAAAUCGCUGCGUGUAGACCGGCUGGUUUAAUUUAGUGGUUGGCUUUAACUUCACUGUUGUUCUACUAGAAGAGGUACAGGUAGCAGGUCCUUGCAUCUAGAAUGUACCGCCAUCAGAAAACCACGAUUACUUUCAGACAACUGUGUGUGAUGGAGCAGAUGGAAAGACAGAGGUCCAGCGUUUGGUCAAAUGUCUUGUCAAGUGUUUAUACUUGUUUAUUCUUCAGUUCAUAAUAUUUAGUUGGGGUCUUGAGCAAUA